AUGUCUGAUUACGAGGAGGCGUUUAACGACGGUAAUGAGAACUUCGAAGAUUUUGAUGUAGAGCACUUUUCUGAUGAAGAGACCUACGAGGAAAAGCCCCAGCUUAAGGAUGGUGCUGAAGCAACUGAUGCGAACGGUAAGACCAUAGUUACUGGCGGUAAUGGACCAGAAGAGUUCCAACAGCAUGAACAAAUAAGAAGAAAGACACUCAAGGAAAAGGCCAUCCCUAAGGACCAAAGAGCUACCACCCCAUACAUGACCAAGUAUGAAAGAGCAAGAAUUUUAGGUACAAGAGCUCUGCAAAUUUCCAUGAAUGCGCCAGUUUUCGUGGAUUUGGAAGGUGAAACCGAUCCAUUGCGUAUUGCCAUGAAGGAAUUGGCUGAGAAGAAAAUUCCUUUGGUCAUUAGAAGAUACUUACCAGACAGUUCCUUCGAAGAUUGGAGUGUGGAGGAACUGAUUGUGGAUUUGUGA